AAAUUGCCCCCAACAGCCUUAACUUCUUGGGAUUUUCCAAACCGCCAAAAUUCUGCUACAAUUAUCCGUUAAUGGAUAUCCGAGAUGAUGGCUUUGAGCUUCUUUUGCAGUGCUUCAUUUUCUCCUCACCACCAACACCAAGCCAAAGUGAAGGUUACAAGCAGCAAAGGCAUUGAAGAAGUGAAGAAUCUCAUAAAAACUGUUGGGAUUCCAUCAAAAACCUCCUCUCCAGCAAAAUCUCUUGAAAAUGGCAACUGGGUCAAGCUCAUCUGCGGCGCAAGCUUCGAGGAUGUGGUUGAUAUCAGGAAUCUUUCUCUGGUUUACACUCUUGCAGGAGUUGAUUGCAUAGACUGUGCGGCGGAUGUGUCAGUGGUGAGUGCAGUGAACGAGGGGAUUGAUGCUGCAAUUGGGAUUUGUCCCCUUCCGAGGCCUUGGGUGAUGAUCAGCGUUAAUGAUGACAAAGAUCUUCACUUUCGCAAGGCCGAGUUUGAUCCAGAGGAUUGUCCACUUGACUGUUCACGGCCUUGUGAGAGAGUUUGUCCUGCUGAUGCAAUAUCACUGGGGGCUCAAAAAUCAACAGGACAGUUCUUUUAUGGAACCAAUAUACCUGAUACAUUUAAGGGUGGAGUUCUAACUGAACGCUGCUAUGGCUGUGGCCGCUGCAUUCCAGUAUGCCCCUACGAUAAAAUAAGAGUGUCCUCGUACAUAAGAGAUGCUUAUGCAACCUCCGAACUUCUCAGAAGAAAUGAUGUUGAUGCAUUAGAGAUUCAUACAACUGGAAGGCAGAUUGCUCCAUUUAAAGAACUUUGGGAUGGCUUGGGUGAUUCGGUUAAGCAUCUGCGACUAGCAGCAGUUAGCUUGCCUGAUAAUGGGGAAUCAACUGUAUCGUCGAUGAAUGCUAUGUACUCAGUUAUGGAACCAGAUCUGUGUUGCUUCAAUCUAUGGCAGUUGGAUGGCCGCCCCAUGAGUGGAGAUAUUGGUCGAGGUGCCACAAGAGAAUCGAUUGCUUUUGCUCUUCGUUUGGCUGCUAUAAAAGAAAGGCCUCGUGGAUUUCUUCAAUUGGCUGGUGGCACCAAUGCUCACACCGUUGAUGGGUUGAGGAAAGUCGGACUUUUCCAAACGGCAUCCUUCCCAAAUACAACUGGAUCACCUAAUUCACUGCAUCCUAUGAUUAGUGGUGUUGCAUAUGGUGGCUAUGCACGAAAGAUUGUUGGAAGAAUCCUGAGCUAUAUGCAAUCACAGCACGGCGUCACCAGUAUUGAGGAUUAUCCAGAGCAUCUCCUUCAGGCACUCAGAGAGGCACUUUCUUUGGUAGGAACUGUCAAAUGUUACAAUCCGUUUUCAGUAAAUACCUUGAGCAAAUAAGCUAGCAUUUGGCUUUCUACAUUCCAAAUUUUGUAUAAGGUCAUCCGCAGAUCGUAUCGACUAUUUACUUCACAAAUUACUUCACAACUAUAGUCAAACGCAUUAAAACCAAAUAUUCUUCC